GAAGGAACUCAAUUAAGAUUGCCUUGCCUGUGAAUGUGAUUUAGGUGGUUGAAGAGAAGAGAGAGUCUUUGUUGACUCUCUGGUUAUUCUCUUAACUGCUAAAUUUUAGCUUCUCUUUGCCAUUUGUUUCUUUAUCUUCGUCAUAACUGGGAAGAUGGUAGUGUUUGUUUAAGGAGCAGCUAAACCUUAAGCUGCUGGUUUGUCUCGCCUUUAAAUCAAUGUCGAUCCUCUCAGAAUCUGUUAGAGACGGGCAUUGACUGAAUUCUAGAAUUGUUUUUUAAGCAAGCAUGAAAUUCGAAAUCAAGAAGGGAUGGAAAUCAAUAGUGCCUCUUCGCUUGAAAGGCAAAUCAGCCACAAGUUUUUCUUUGUUUCCGAAGAUGAAGCCAACUAGCUAUGGUCCAGGCCGAGCAGCUGUAUAUCUAAAUGUGUACGAUUUGACACCAAUGAAUGGCUAUGUCUACUGGGCGGGUCUUGGUAUCUAUCACUCUGGUGUAGAAGUCCAUGGUGUUGAAUAUGCCUUUGGAGCUCAUGACUAUCCAACAAGUGGUGUUUUUGAGGUUGAACCACGGCAGUGCCCAGGCUUCAAGUUCAGGAAGUCAAUAUUCAUUGGAACCACAUGCUUGGACCCUAUUCAGGUUAGGGAGUUCAUAGAGAGACAUUCUGCGAGCUACAAUGGCGAUACAUAUCACUUGAUUGUCAAGAACUGCAAUCAUUUCUGCAAGGACAUUUGUUCUAAGCUAACUGGGAAACCAGUUCCAAAAUGGGUAAAUCGACUAGCAAAAAUAGGUUCAAUCUGCAAUUGCAUACUUCCCGAAACCCUUAAGAUUUCUGCUGUGCAGCAUGACCCUGAUUACCAACCAUUUGAUAGCGACAAAAGGAGGCUGAGAGGUGCAUUUAGUUGUCUGUCUUCAAUCUCAAUGCGGCAGAAGCAGUUGUCAACAUCUUCAUUGUUUCUACAAUCACCCCUUAGGGGCUGCCUACCGACAUGGGAAUUGAGAAGGUCAAACAAUGGUUCAUUGAAGGAAAGGUGAGAUAACUGCUUGAAUUAGCAUUCAUGAUGAUUAGUGACCAGGAUCCCUAUUCCCUAAGCUUGAUUACAGAGAUUUGUUUACAUAAAUGCCAACAUGAGAAGGCUGCCAUCACUUAUAUUCUUUUGGUUUUGCAAGUUUUCGGAUUGAUGGUUGCCUUGGUUUGGCCUCUGCUGUUAGAAACUACUAAGAUGGCAAGCAACUGAUCAAAGAAGAAUCUCGAUGGAUCAAUGGCGUUGCCAUCUUUGAAAUGUACAUUGUGCUCAUAACUCGAGUGUUAUUUUUCAUGUCAUUUAUUAAUGUUCUUGGCAAAUAGCUGUCUGUAGAAAUUCUGCAUCAUUUGUGCUACUAGAGAUUGUUCAUCAAUUUGUAAAUACUGUCAAAUUUGAC